AUGAACCCUCCAGCGCCGUCAAGUCCUCGCUUCACGCUCGAGCUCGAGUUCGUCCUCUCGCUGGCCAACCCGCACUAUCUCUCGCACCUCGCCGUCGCCUACCCGCAGCUGCUCGGCAUCACAAGCUCAAAGGACGCCAAAGACAGAGACAGCAGAGACAGCAAGGAAAAAGACGACAGCGAGGCCUUUGCCGCCUACCUGGCCUACCUCUACGACUACUGGCGGCGCCCCGAGUACGUCCAGUUCCUCUCGCAUCCAGGGGCGACGCUGCGGGCGCUGCGGCUGCUGCAGGAGGAGGCCUUCAGGGCCGCCGUCAUCCGGCCGCAGGUGAUAGACAUGCUCAGCCAGUAG